GAUGUGGCGGCGCGUAUGCCCCUGUCGGCCACCGUAGUAUAAUGUUUUCCGGCUGCACUUGAAGGUAACACAGUACAACGAACUGUCCUCUUAAAAUUCAUGGACACUUCCUGUCUCGCGAAAUGGACGGAUCAUCUAGUCUCUCCCCGUUGAUUUACAUCCCACAGGAGCCUGUGGAUAAGCCAGGGCCAUCAUGACAGCCCCAGGACGAGAGAGAAAAAACACCCAGCAUCCUCUAAACACUGGACGAUCACAGACGGUAUGGGCUGUGAGUCGGUAUGUGGCUUUAGCCACACUGUGCAUCUUAUGCUACAGCAACUCUAUCCAUGGGGAGUUGGUGCACGACGAUGUUUGGGCUAUCGUGAACAACCCGGACGUUCUACCAAGCUCCAGUGUCAAAAACAUCUUUCGUAAUGAUUUUUGGGGAAAGAGGAUGUCGGACAAUUCGAGCCACAAGUCCUACAGACCGCUUUGCAUUCUCACCUUUAAGUUGAACAUCCUGCUGGGUGGGAUGACACCUCUGUACUUCCACAUCGUCAAUGUGUGUUUGCACUGUGCUGUAACCUGCCUGCUUAUGCACACUUGUGAACAAUGUGUAUUUAAAGAAUCUCACCUGGCUUUCAUCACAUCCGUCCUGUUUGCUGUGCACCCAGUCCACACCGAGGCUGUGUCUGGAAUAGUGGGCCGGGCUGACAUCUUGGCCUGUCUGCUGUUCUUGAUGACUUUUCUUUCCUAUAACAGGAGUGUUGGUGUGAGUGCCUCUGAGGACUCAGCACCCUCAACAGUCUCAGCAGGGUCUCUGCUCACCAGUUUAUUGCUAGGCACUUGUGCUAUGCUGGUGAAAGAGACAGGCAUCACUGUAUUUGGCGUGUGCAUGUUUUAUGAUGCCCUAGUGCUCUGCGGCAAGCCUUUCUUCAGUCACCUGUCUGGAUCCAGAUUCAGACAUCUUUUCCAUAUAUGGACACCCUUUAUCAAACGAGCCUGUGUUGUCUCUAGUUAUGUAGUGGCUGUUAUAUCAGUCCGACUGUGGUUAAUGGGAGGUUCCAUGCCUCUUUUCUCUGAACAGGACAAUCCUGCCUCCUUUGCACCCUACUGGCUCACCAGAUUUUUGACAUACUCUUACCUCUUGUACUUCAACACCUGGCUGUUGCUGGCCCCCAUUGUGCUGUGCUAUGACUGGCAAGUGGGUAGCAUCCCUCUCAUCGAAUCGCUGAGUGACAUUCGCAACGUGGCCUCUGUUCUACUGGCUGUGGUGAUGGUUGCCCUCUGCCUGAACUGUAUCCGAUCACUGCAGAGACAAAAGAGCAAGGAGGUGUUGAUGGGAAUAUUGUUUUUGGUGUUUCCUUUCAUUCCUGCGAGUAACCUUUUCUUCAGGGUGGGAUUUGUUGUGGCCGAGAGGGUUCUUUACAUGCCAAGUAUGGGUUACUGUAUCCUGGUGGUUCAUGGCCUGAAUCGUCUUAGUUCAUUGGUUGGCCGUUGGGGCACAGCAGUCCUUAGCGCCUCAAUGCUGCUCCUGCUCCUGCUCUUCUCCUGGAAGACAUUGCAGCAGAAUCAAGUCUGGCUCUCCAGGGAGGCCCUGUUCAGUUCUGGUAUCCAGACUCUCCCUCACAAUGCCAAAGUCCACUAUAACUAUGCCAACUUCCUGAAGGACAACAGUCGGUACCAAGAAGCCAUUCACCACUACACCAUGGCCCUCAGGUUGUACCCCCGGCAUGCCAGUGCUAUGAACAAUCUCGGCACUCUGACACACAGUCCAGAGGAGGCAGAGCGCUACUACAGGAAAGCAUUGGACACCAAUCCUCAGCAUAAUCGAGCACUCUUUAACCUGGGAAACCUCCUCAAGUCACAGGGGAAGGAGAAGGAGGCAGAGAUACUCCUGAAGGACUCCAUUAGCUUUGGUCCACAUUUUGCUGAUGCUUAUUCCAGUCUGGCGUCACUCUAUGCUGACCAGAAGCGCUUUGCUGAAGCCAAUGAAAAAUAUUUGAAAGGGAUAGAGAAUUGUCCGGACAGCUCAGACCUGCAUAAUAACUAUGGAGUGUUUCUGGUGGAUACUGGAAAAGAGGAACUGGCCGCUGCUCAUUAUCACCAAGCCAUUAAUCUAAAACCAGUUCAUUAUGUUGCCAUGGUGAACCUGGGCCGCCUUCUCCGCUCCUCCAGUAAGAACAAAGAAGCAGAGUUUUGGUAUAAGAGGGCACUUCAAGUGACAAGGAAAGUGGAGAUCCUGGUACCACUUGGGGCACUGUACUACAACACUGGCAACUACGAUGAAGCCCUGCAGGUUUACAGGGAAGCUGUUAGCCUACAGCCAGAGAACACUGACAUUUGGCUGGCACUGGCUCAGGUUUUAGCUAUGGCAGGUCAUACCAAAGAGGCAGAGAAAAUGACCCGCAACAUCAUUUCCAGAGAGGACAGAUGCAUCGAAUGUUACCGCCUGCUGUCUUCCAUGUACAGCAAGCAUGGCAACCAUACAGAGGCUCUGGAAGCUUUAAACAUGGCUUUGCAGCAGAAUCCCAGUGAUCUCACUGUGAGAGCAGAGUUGUAUUUCUCCAAAGGAAAUCAGCUAAGAGAGAUGAACCAGCUGGACCUAGCCUUCGAGAGCUAUCAGUUGGCUGUGGAACUCAAACCUGACCAGUCCCAGGCAUGGAUGAACAUGGGAGGAAUUCAACAUAUCAAGGGAGACUAUGCAGCAGCCAGGAUGUACUACCAGAGAGCCUUGAGUCUGAAUCCUGAUUCAAAACUGUUGAAAGAGAAUUUGGAGAAGUUGGACCGGCUGGAGAGGAGGAUGACAGGGGUGCCGUAGUCAGCCACUCGGACGGUGCUCUUUUCCUGGAAACCUCACAGGGUUCACCUCCAGUUGAUCUUGGACAGCAGCUGGGAUGCUGGAUGAUCCGUUUACCCCGACGCUGGGUGGGUGAACUAAGGGAGAAAGUACUUUCUGGACUCAUGACGAUUAGUUGAGCCACAGGAUUUCCAGGCUGAAGUGAGGAAUUGCUUUUGAAUGCUAUAACAUGGCAGCAUACAGUAUAGGGUGUCCCAAACAAAUGUAUGCACUUGCUGCAACAGUCUGUCAUAGACGUUGAAGACGAGGAGUUUUAUUUCCAGCAAGAUGGAGCACGCCCACACUGCUAUCGCCAUGUUAAAUCCCUCCUCGAUGAGAUCUUGCCAAACAUGUGGAUCGGACGGAGGGGUUUCGUUGAAUUCCGUCCGCAUUCACCAGACCUCACACUGCUAGACUUUUUUUAUGGGGAUACCUAAACGCCAAAGUCUACGCUGUAAGCACUGCAGCAGUCGCUGGAUUUAGAGCAGCCAUUGAACGUGAACGCACGCAAAAACCAAGGGAAUUGUUUCGUGAUGUGUGCGCGAUUCCAUUGUUUCGCGUUGUCUGGACUACAGACGUCAAACUACGGACGUCGGUUUGAGAACAGUCGGUGACAAAAAAAUGGAACAAAUUAUGAUAAACAGCUAGUUUACAAUUAUUUCAAGUGUGUAUACAUUCUUUGGGACACCCUGUAUGCCGUACAGCUACAGUCAGAUGUUUACAUAAACUCAUCAGGGGAAUGAAUGUCUUAUCCAUUUUGGGCCCUGAAUAUUUUAUUUGAACUAUUCUUUUUGAAGGGUAAAAAGGGUACACAGUGUAUGUGUUCAAUUACUUUUAAAAACAAGAAUUUAUUUGAAUUGUCUGUAAUUUAUACAGGGUGAAAAAAAUCUAAAACACAUUCAUACACCGAAACUAAAACCUGGUAAAAUGUCCCUUAGCAACUUUCACUAUUUGUAGACAUCAACAAAUGUCUGGCAAAAUUGGUAGAGUUCUUUUAAAUUUGUUGGUUUCCUGGCACGCACGGUGAUUUAGUGGUUGGCGUGUUGGCUGCACAGUCUUCGCGGUGUAGCGUUUGCAUGUUCUCCCUGUGUGUGCCAGGGUUUUCUCCAGGGACUCCUGCUUCCUCCCACGUCCCAAAAAUAUGCAUGUUAGGUUAAUUGGAGACUCUAAAUUGUCCAUAAGUGAGGAUGUGACAUGGGAGUGUGAAUACUUAUCGCAGACAAUACAAAACUAAUUCUAAAUAAUGGAGCCAAUUCUUGUUUUUAAUUGAAGAUGACAUUGCAUUAUCAUUCCAUCUUGGAAAAACGAACUGUCCCGAUGAAAAUACAUCAGUAAGGGCCCAAAAUGAAUACCACAUUCAUGCCCAUGAUGAGUGCAUGUAAACUUCUGACCGGACCUGUCCAUUCACUCCACUUAACAGCUUUACCAAAACAAGCUUAUCUGCAUCUUCAUGUAUUCAUUAUUUGGGACCACGAACAGUCAAGUAGAAGCUUCCAUGGAUGUCUACACCACUGCAACCUGGAGAUUUGAUCAUGAAGUAUUUCUCGGAAAAUGCUGCUCUUUUGGAAGAACAUGAAUGGGUUGGAGGAAGACCAGACAUCAACACUAAUGAAGACCAAUGCAAAUGCUGUGGUGUGCGUAUUUUUAAAUGAUUAAAUUAUCAAUACCUGUCACCCAUCCAUCCGUUGUCUAUGCCGCUUAUCCUCACUAAGGUCGCGGGGGUAUGCUGGAGCCUAUCCCAGCUGACUUCGAGCGAGAGGCAGGGUACAUCCUGGACUGGUCGCCAGCCAAUCACAGGGCACAUGUAGACAAACAACCAUUCAAUGAAGUACUAAGUCUUUUGUUUAGCAGAAUGAUCAAAUACUUCUUUCCCUCUACCAAAUACAAAUUUAUGUAUAACCUUUUAAGUUUUUUUCUGGAUUUUUUGUUGACAUUCUGUGUCUGUUAUAAUAAACCUUCCACUAAAAUGAUGGACUGUUUAUCUCUGUGUAAGAGGGUAAACUUACAAAAUUAGCAGGGGAUCAAAUAAUUUUUUCCU